AUGUCAACACAAAUCGAGGCAUAUGCUACCUCCUCAGCUAAUGCUAUCUCACCUUCUAGCCUCUGCCACGUGGUCCUUCGCACCAGUACUGAAAAUUAUUCUAAGAUGGUGGGAUUUUACCUUACUUUUCUUGGUGCACACGCGACACACACCCACCCUCGCGUCACAUUCUUGACUUAUGAUUAUGAACAUCAUCGGAUCGCGAUCGUUAAUUAUCCGGAUCUAAAACCACUCAGUGACAAAACAGUUGGUCUAGCCCACAUUGCAUUCGGCUUCAAAACUCUAGGCGAGCUUGCCACAAGCUAUGAGCAGAAGAAGGCAAAGGGUAUUCUGCCAUUCUGGUCAGUCAACCACGGAAUGAGCACUAGUAUGUAUUACAAAGACCCGGAUGGUAAUGAGCUCGAGAUGCAAGUGGACAACUUCGAGACAGCAGCCGAAGCAAUCGACUUCAUGAACGGCAUAAAGUUUGAGGAGAAUCCAAUUGGUGUCGAUUAUAACCCUGAGGAGUUUAUCAAGAGGGUCAGGAGUAGUGAGGACGAUAAGAUCAUAAAGCUGAGACCUGAUUUGGUCGUGUAA